AUGAGAUUUACUCGUAUUCUGUUGUCACGAUCUGUUUGGAAGGGACCCAAUGUCGUUGACUUCGGCGUUGAUAUACGAGAACAUAUUCUCAAGAAGAUCCCCAUAAAAACAAAGGCUCGUUCUGCAACGAUUCUGCCUCAAAUGGUUGGAGCCGAUUUCAUGGUUCACAAUGGAAAGGCAUAUCCCAAAGUUCAUAUAACAGAAGACAUGGUAGGACAUAAACUUGGCGAGUUCUCCCUUACGAGGAAACCAUUUUCUUACCGAAAAACCAAAAACCGCUGA